UCGAUCGAAAUCUAACCUCUAGCUAACAGGUAACAGCUAGCUAUAUAUAUACUAGCUAGUAUCUCCUACGUUCGUCAGCGAUACACCGACGAUGAGGGAGCUGAUCCGGCGGCUGAGCUUCUCGGAUCGGGUGAGCGACGGCACCAACGGCGGCGUGCCGCGCGGGUGCGUGCCGGUGCUGGUGGUGGGCGACGGCGAGGACGAAUGCGAGCGGUUCGUGGUGAGGGUGGAGGCGCUGUGGCACCCGUCGCUGUCGGCGCUGCUGGAGAUGGCGGCGCAGGAGUUCGGGUACAAGCAGGAGGGUAUCCUCCGCGUCCCCUGCGCCGUCCACCAGUUCAGGCAGGCCCUCAUCACCGCCGCCAUCUCCAAGAACUACUAA